AAUCCCACACGAAGCAUUAACUGCUGAACGAAACCAUGAAGUUCAUUUUCUCAAUCCCAUCACUCAAACCUUUCUGAUUGUCUCCUCCCAAAAAAACUUCAAUAUGACAGUUGGAUGCCAUAGACUGGAAUCUAGGAUUUGGGUUAUGAUGGAGAACAUAUAAGACAAUUUUUUUUUUUCUGAAAUUUUGUCUAAUACUGAUCAGAUGGUGUUAACCAUGGAUUCUCAGACCAAAACCGAGAAUUGCCUUGGGUGGGCUGCCAGAGAUCCAUCUGGAGUUCUAUCACCCUACAAAUUCAGUCGCAGGCCUCUUCGAAGUGACGAUGUUUCCAUAAAAAUUACUCACUGUGGAAUUUGUUAUGCUGAUGUCAUUUGGUCUAGGAAUAUACUGGGAGAUUCAAUGUAUCCUUUGGUGCCCGGGCAUGAGAUUGCUGGUAUUGUGAAGGAGGUCGGGUCCAAUGUUCAACGCUUCAAGGUUGGUGAUCCAGUCGGAGUGGGAACUUAUGUGAACUCAUGCAGAGAUUGUGAGUAUUGUAACGAUGGUGUUGAAGUUCAUUGUGUAAAAGGGACGGUUUUCACUUUUAAUGGCAUUGAUGAGGAUGGAACGGUCACAAAAGGCGGAUAUUCUAGCUAUAUUGUUGUCCCUGAAAGGUACUGUUUCAGAAUACCAAACAACUAUCCUUUGGCUUCAGCAGCACCUUUGCUUUGUGCUGGAAUCACUGUUUAUACACCAAUGAUACGCCAUAACAUGAACCAACCUGGCAAAUCUUUGGGAGUGAUUGGGCUCGGUGGUCUUGGUCACAUGGCAGUGAAGUUUGGGAAGGCUUUCGGGUUGUGUGUAACAGUUUUUAGCACAAGCAUAUCUAAGAAAGAGGAGGCUCUGAAUCUGCUUGGUGCAGACAAAUUUGUUGUCUCCUCUGACCAAGAGCAGAUGAAGGGCCUAUCAAAAUCAUUGGACUUUAUAGUUGACACCGCAUCUGGUGAUCAUCCGUUUGAUCCCUACAUGUCACUCCUGAAAAUUGCUGGUGUUUAUGUCCUCGUUGGGUUCCCAAGUGAAGUCAAAUUUAGUCCUGCAAGCCUUAAUCUGGGUAUGAGAACAGUCUCAGGAAGCAUAACGGGGGGUACAAAAGUGACUCAAGAAAUGAUAGAGUUUUGUUCUGCUCAUAAAAUUUACCCACAGAUAGAGGUAAUUCCAAUUCAAUACGCCAAUGAAGCUCUUGAGAGGCUAAUAAAGAGGGAUGUUAAGUACCGCUUUGUGAUUGACAUCGAGAACACCCUGAAAUGAGAUUAUGGCAGCAAAAAUGAAUUUAUCUUCUGCAACACAGGCUUAUAAGUCCAGCACAUAUGGUGAAAGCACAUGUAUUGUGAUUAGCAUCAUUCUUAGAUGGAUGGUGGGAAUGUACUAAUCCCUUGGAGCUUUUAUUGUGUCGUGUGAAAAAACCUAGGUCAAUAAUUAAGUUGAAAUAAGUGAACUGUCAGUGAAAAGAAGAGUGUUACUCAGAAUGGGUUCGAUUGAGACGUAAGAAUAUCUAUUGAAAUCUUUGUUUAUUCA